AUGUCGGCAGCCGGCACAAGCCGGUAUGUUCUGGGAUGGGGCAACGGCUACUACGGACGGCUGGCCCAAGGUCGCGGCGACUGGGACGACAAGCCGUACCCAGUGGUGCUGCGGAAGGGGCCUUGGGACGCUGUGCUGACUGGCAAGCGGAUGACCUUGGCUGCGGGCGCGGCUCAUGUGAUGACGGUGACCGAUGGCGUGCUGGCGAGCCACGGCAAGUGCCACUUUGGUCAGCUCGGCCUCGGCAUGAUCGAUGAAGAUGAGAGCUACCCGGUCCAAGUCGCGCUGGUCGGACGCGAGAGCGAUGACGACAUUGUUGCGGCGUACGCCGGUGAGUCGUCGGGAUUUGCUCGGACCUCGUCGGGGCAGAUCUGGGCAUGGGGCUGUGGCUUUUACUUUGGUCUCGGCGACAGGUCCGAGGACCAUGCGCUUGUUCCGCGCCGAGUUGAUGACUGCUGGCGUGAGGCUGGAUGGUACGGCGACGGGCGCGAGAUCGUGGACAUUGCCGGCGGCGGAUCGCACAUUGCAGUCCUCUGCUCCGACGGAAUCGUGGUGACCGGCGGCGGGAACCAGUACGGGCAGACCGGGCGCGGGCGCGACGAGCGGGCGGUGGCGCUGGAUGAGCCUGUGAAGCUUCCAGAGAGAGCCGUGGCCGUAGCGGCCUCGCGGCGGCACACCCUCGUUCUCGGCGAGUCGGGGGCGGUGUACUCGGCUGGCGAGGCGGGGGUGGACGUGCUUGGCCGUGACGGCGACGGGCGCACGUUUGACAAAGUGGCUGGACUGGAGGGAAUCAAGCACAUCGCACUCGGGCCAAAACACGGGCUUGCAGCGUCGGACGAUGCAGUGUACUCGUGGGGUGCUGGCCUGCACGGCCGGCUUGGGCAUGGCGACCACUGCGACGUCUCGCAGCCGACACGAAUCGUGUUUGAGCCCACGAUGAGCGGGCACGUUGUGGGGCUGGCAGUUGGCUCCUCACACUCGCUCGUCCUCACUUCAAGUGGCGAGCUAUGGUCGUGGGGCUCUGACGUGCGAGGCAAGCAGCUAUUCCGAAGCGCUGCACGCGACUGA